GUCCCAAACGGCUUCCAUCUCACGAAAUUACCCAGUAGCCGUUGACGGCUCUUUAGGUGACGGAUCGAGUCCAGUAUUACAAUUUUCUUUUCCCCUUUUCAUUUAUUUUUGGAAAAAAAGAAAAGGAGUGCAAGAGGAUAACGUUGCUUAGCUAGCUGGGUCACUUGCUAGAAAGCUACGCGAUAGCAUAGCUAACCUCAUUCUGCGAUACAACCUCGAGACAAGUCGGGAAAAGACCAGUCUCAGGGCUCACCAUACUCAAUGAGCGGACAGCGCAAUGUCAGAGCGCUCUGGGCAAACUGCAAAGGGGAAGGAAGGCAAAACCAAGUAUGCGUCUCUCAACCUGUUUGAUACAUACAAAGGAAAGAGCCUUGAAGCACAAAAGCCUGUUGUUCCCCCCCGCCAUGGCCUGCAGUCUCUUGGUAAAGUUGCCUCUGCGCGGCGUAUGCCACCCCCUGCCAACCUGCCCAGUCUGAAGGCAGAGAACAAAGGCAACGAUCCCAACGUCUCCCUCGUUCCCAAAGACGGCACAGGAUGGGCAAGCAAACAGGAACAAGCAGACCCAAAGAGUACCGAUGCAUUGUCAGCACCGCAGCCGGAAUCGCCGCAGCCUGUGGCUUCACCGAUACCUGCACCGACCCGACCGAGAACCCCGCCAGUUUCAGAGGCUCCGGCCCCAGCUUCAACCCAGGCCGUAGGGGCAAGGUCCUGGGCACAGGCCAGUGUCACACAUGGAAUACAAGGGGAUGGUGGAAAGGGAUCAAACCAACCGUCGCCAUUCUCUCGCGAGGAAUUUCCCACCCUGCAGGCGGCUGGCGACCAGGACAAAGCUGGCAGAGAACAGGGCACUGCAGAUCAGUGGUAUGGGCCCGGACCAAGCCUCCGCCCCCAGAACGUUACAAGUUGGCGGGAUGGUGGGGGCCGAGCCCUGGCGCCCACCCUGUCUGGGGAGGGGGCAGCGGAGGGUGGCACUGGUGGGGCGCUGAUGAUGGAUGGGGCAGCUGGGAUCCCCCCUCUGAACUCUCAGUCCCACGGGCCACCUAGGAACCCUCCCGCAGGCAGCCCCGCCUUGCCCCUGCCCCAGCCCCCUGUGGGGCCUGGAUUCCCCCAGUACCGAGGGAUCAUACCUCCCUUCAUGUAUCCUCCGUACCUGCCCUUUCCGGCCCCCUAUGGCCCUCAGGGGCCAUACAGGUACCCAGCACCUGGGGAAGGGCCUGCUCCAAGGUUUUCUCGUGGGCAGGACAGCAGGCCUCAGGGCGGCCCACGUGACGCAGGUGGAGAGAUGGUGAAGCGCCCCUCUAUCCUAAAGCAGGAUGAUCUGAAGGAGCUAGACGAGCUGGACCAUGACGGAGACGAAGGCUGGGCAGGGGCUCAUGAGGAGAUUGAUUACUCCGCCAAGUUGAAAUUCAGUGAUGAUGAAGGAGAUGAAGAGGGGGAAGAGGAGAGAACCGAGAGCAACAAUGACUUGCAGUAUGUACCCAGUGAGCAGCAGAGGUCCCAGGAUACCCCACCUGCAGCCUCUCGUUCUCGAGCCUCAGACAGCGGCGGAGACCCCCGCCACACCCCUCCCUCUAAUGCUGACAAUGGCCCCCAACCACCCUCCAGCAAGCCAGGAUGGGCCGAGGAGGGAGGCAGUGGCUGGGGGGGCCAGGGAGCACCAUCCAACUACCAGGGGCGCAGGCCUGGAUUGGGUGGUCCCCGGGAGCAGCCCUCCCCCCCACCUGGGCCGCUCCUUGGACAAGGGCCUUACUCCUUUUACCGACAGGACCGGCCCCACAACCAGGGUGCUCCUCUAGGCCCAGCUAAACCUGGCCCCGCCCCUCAUCAGCCAGCAGCGGGAGGCCCUACUCCUCCUCCCCAGCCAGGCCUGCUGGUCCAUGGGGCCCAGGGGGAGGAUGAGGAUGAGACUUGGCGUCAGCGCAGGAAGCAGUCCUCCACUGAGAUUUCUGCUGCUGUGGAGCGAGCCCGUCGUCGCCGCGAGGAAGAAGAACGUAGGAUGGAGGAGGAGAGACGCGCAGCCUGUGCCGAGAAGCUCAAGAGGCUGGAUGAGAAGCAACAACAGCAGCAGGGCAGCAACGUAGGAGGUGGUGGCAGUAAAACCCCCAGCCUUGAUGGAAACUCUACAGCUGCCACAGCAGGUAGCCCUAGUCCAUCUAUUUCAGCCUCCUCCCCCAACAUCAGCCAGCCCUCAUCCCCCUGUGUGGACCCUGAGGAGCCUCCAGUGCUGGCUGUCCAGCCGGGGCCCAGUCCUGGAGUCAGUGACAGACAGCGAGCUAACAGCAACAGCAGUUAUGAAUCCAGUGCAGAUGUCCAACAGUGUCCCCAGCCAGCUGUGUCACAGCCACAGCAGCCCACGCUGGAUGUACCUUUACCAGGAGAAAGUAAGGAUGAGACCAUGGGCAGUGCUCACAUUCGUACAGGAAGUGGAGGUGAAAGAGGACUUGACCCAGUGAAGAUUGAGAAUAUCGGAGGGGGAGCAGGUCGUCAAGCCAGUGGUCCUCCUGGCCAGGGUUACUCAAAGUACCAGAAGUCGCUUCCACCUCGAUUUCAGAGGCAGCAGCAGGAGCAGCUCCUGAAGCAGCAGCAGCAGUGGCAGCAGCAACAACAACAGCAGCACAGCCAGGCAUCACAAAGCCAGCUGUCCCCCCAGCCCCAGGCUGCACAGGGUCCUUCACCAGGUUCAACACCGCAACCAGGACCUGGACCCAAGCAGGGUGGACCCCUGUAUCAACCCAGCAGUAUGGUUCGACCCCCGCCCCUGCCAAUGAAUUUCGACCCUCGCUGGAUGAUGAUGUCCUACAUGGACCCUCGCAUGAUGCAGGGCCGCCCUCCGCCUAUGGACUACUAUUCAGCUGGCAUGCACCCAUCAGGGCUUAUUGGGCGUGAGCGGUCUGAUUCGGGGGGAUCCGGCUCAGACCCCUUUGACAGGCAGCAACAGCAUCCAGGGCACCCUCACCGUGGGACCCCCCCUAUGGAUCCUAAGAUGGCCUGGGGGCCAGAGGUCUUCCCUGGCGGAGGGGAGGGUCGUGGGCUAGCAUCCCCCCUCAGGCAGAAGCAGGCAUUGGAGGAUGAUGAUGGAACCAAAGGACCCAGGAGCGACACUCCUCCACACCGCUUGCGAGAGGGUGGAUUGGGACCCAUCCAGCAGCCCAGCUCCAGCUCUGGGACAUCCAAUCAGACUCCACCUCCAGUUGCCACUCAAGUUGGAGCCCAGGGAGGCACCCACCACCCUCAUCACUACAUGAGUGGGCGGGGCAACUACAGCAACUUCCCUGACCAGGGUGCGAGGAUGCUUCCCCACCAACAGCAGCAGAGGGUUGGUGAGAGGGGAAACCAGCCACAUAGCUUCACCCAUCAGGAUGAAGGGCCUCCCCGAGGACCUCAGCAGGGUCAGAUAUGGGGAGCCCCACACCCUCACUAUGAUCGCAACGGUCGAGCUGAUCACCCCUCUGUUGAGAGCAACUCUCAUCUCCACCACCAUCAUAGCCACCACCCUCAGCAGGCUCACUUCCCCCUCCACCCGCAUAAGCCAGAGAACAGCCGUGACAGGGUUGUUGAGGCCCCUGCUAAGAAGACAGACUCUUCUCCCCCAAUCCACCAACCUUCCAUCUCAUCUUCCUGCUCUUCCUCCUCCUCCUCUUCUGCUAGGGAAGAUGGGAAUGUCAAAGUUGCCCUCCAUCAUCACCCAUCGCAGAGAGAGAGCGAAGCUGGUAUCGGGCACAGUCUUGGUGAAAGAGGCAACAGUGGCAGUGCCGGCAGUAGCAGCCAUGUGAAACAGGAGAAAACAGGCCUGGCAUAUGCUCCCCAUUCCUCCAUGACCUCUAGCCCACCUCCCUCUCAACAUGGCGGCCAUACUCAGCCUCAGCCUCAGCAGCAGCAGCAGCAGCAGCAUCAGCAGCAUCCCCAUCCUAAAUCGAACCAAAGAGGGGGACGGGAGCACAAGACAGAGACCCAGUGGGGCCCACGGCCUGGCAGCAGCAACACGGGUGGGGGGUCAUCUCAUGGCAGGAAGGCCAACAGCUCCCGUGGAGGGGAGGACUCCUCCAACACUCCAUCAGACCACAAACCCUCAAACCAGACAGGAGGCAGCAAUGCCAACAAGAGGGCUGGUCCCAUUAAGAAGCCAGUGCUGAAGGAGAUGAAGAGAGACGGAGGGGAAGUUGAUGGAGGAGAAAAAACAAGCGUAGGCUUUGGGAAAGAUAAAGAGCAAGAUGGUGGCCAACCCACCUCCAUGAAGCAGGAAGCCUCCUCCAUCUCCCAGAAUACAUCAGCUCCAUCUAAAGAUGAGCCAGCCCAGACAGCCAAACCUAGGAAUGGAGGAAAAGAACGAUCCUCAGGAGGAGGUGGGGGAGGGUCAGGUAGAGGGCCCAAAGAAGACACCACUUCUUCAGGAUUUUCAGGGUCCUCCUCCAGGAGGGACAGGGACCGCUCCUUUGAGAGAGGAGGUGGUGCCUCCCACCACCAUGGAGUCCCUGCAAAAGGCAACAGAGCCAGCCGCGGACGAGGGGGAGAAUUCUACGGGCGUGGCCGAGGUUACCGCGGCACCUACACAGCCACUGCUGCGCCCAAUGGUGGCUGUCGGGGCAGAAUGGGUGGCAGGAGCGGCAGAGACUACCGCUCAUCUGUUGCUGGUGGCCACCACCAUGAGUCCAAGGGCGAGGGGCCCGGUGGCAGGCAUGGUCAGGAUCGGUCCCAGCAUAACCCAGCCAGGGCCAGGAACCGAAGUGAAACCCGCAGUGAGGGUUCAGAGUAUGAGGAAAUCCCUAAGAGAAGGAGGGAGAGAGGUUCAGAGACUGGCAGUGAGAGUGGUGCAAGUGACCUUGGUCACUCAGAUAAGGAUGACAACCAGAAACCCAACACCAAGAAUGGCUCUAGUCAUGCCAACCCCACUGGCGGCAGCGGUGGCGCCAUGUCAUCUGCACCACACAGAGGUUCCCAGGCUCGGGUCUUCACUCCCAGGGGUGUGCCCUCUAGGAGGGGCAGGGGUGGAGGUAGUGGAGGAGGAAACAUCUACAGGGGCAGUGGCAAUGUUGGAGGAACACCUGGGGGACACCGGGUUGGACCCAGCACAGCCUCUCAUGGUGGGUCCUCCAAGUCAUCAGCCUCAGGCCGAAAGCAGCAAGGCCCACCACAAACGUCUGGGCCCAAAGAUUCGGGCAGGGGAGGAAAUGGAGGAGAGAAAAACGACAAGAUAGCUGAUGCAAGUCAAGCUCAAAGUCAGGGGUCCAAUCCCCCUCAACCAUCUUUGCCCGCUAUAACUCCUGCCCCUAUAGGUUCCACUGAAAAUGGAGGAGUUGUGACCCAGCAAGCUUCAACCAACCCUACACCAAACUCUGGAGGGCCAAAUGCGCUCCCUCUUCCCACUAACCGUGGGUUCCCUCCUAGUGGGUUUGAGCGACCACCUAGACGUCGCCGUCAUGGGCGUUCCCAGCACCAGCAGGACAAACCACCCCGCUUCCGGAGACUGAAGGAGCGAGAGAAUGCCGCACGUAUCAACGGAGGAGUGGGGGUCAUCGGGGGAGGAAGGCCCUCCUCUCCUUCCCUGAAUUCAGUUCAGGACAGUAAUGGAGCCCCCAUCUCUGCUCCCGUGACAGGCAGUGCCCAAAAUGCUAACCACAAUACCACAGUAACCACCAACAAUAACAGUGGUGGUGGGCAUCUUAGCAAUGCAAACAGCCACCACCAUCACCACUACAACCAGGGCAACACUGGGCCAACCCACCCCCAGCACCACCACAGCCAUGGGGCUAAGUCCCCUGACUUCACCAACCAGAACUCGGACCAGGCCAACGAGGAGUGGGAGACUGCCUCCGAGAGCAGUGACUUCACAGAGUUCAGAGACCGAGAAGGAGGAGGAGGGAAGUCAUAUUCUUCUCACCAUCCCCACCACCUGGGAAGGGGAGGAGGUGGCAGUGGAGGCGGAGGUGUGGUCGAGCGCGACAUGAUGGGAAAAGAGCCCUCAGCUAAUAAAAGAAGCUUCUCAAGCCAGCGUCCUGGCAUGGAGCGACAGAACCGCAGGGUCAACCCUGGAGGAGCUGGAGGCGGAGGGGGAGGAAGAGGCCCACGAGGCCCGCCUGGUGGUGGCUCCGGCGGACCUGGCAAUGCAGGUGGCAACCGCGGGGAUAAGCGCGGCAACUGGCCCUCCCCGAAAAAUAGGAAGUGAUGAAAUAUUUCAAAACAUUUCAGAUGAACCCCACCCACAUUAAAACCACCCUCUUACAUCUUAAUCCCUUUUUGAUAAUUAUUUCAUGGCUUAUCUGUUGGCAUCCCUAAACAUAUUAGUGUAUUGUACAGUAUAUGGAGAUGGUAUUCACAUUCACUUUAGUGCCCACACCUCUUUCAUCAAUCUACUAUCUACCGUCCGUUAUUGUAAAUUUCUCCAUUUGUUCCGUCUUGCUCUCCGUUCAGUUGCCCCCCCUCCCCCUUACCUUCCCUCAAGAAUCUCACCCCAGUUGGAUUUGACAAGCAUGUGGAUCUGCAAUGGAGGUGCACGUGGUUUUGACAGAAGACAUUCACACAGAGCUCCACACACUCGCAUAUACAAGCACAAAUAUGAAUUUACAAACACAUGGAACACAUGCAGUCAUGUGGGUGUAAAAAGAAAAUGUGGGAUUAAAUUGGCAGAAAUGUUUGGAUUGGGCUAAUUUUUAUAUUUAUGUACCUGUGUAUAUUUCUACCACACUUUGGCCUUGGGUGGUAUUCAGUAGUGCAGUUCUGCAUUACUUCCCUCACAAAGGGAAAGAGUGCAACUUCAUCUUUUAACGAGAACAAUGUAACAUGUGAUGUUUUGUUUCUCUUUGUGUCGUUUUCUUUUUUUUUUUUUUUUUUUUUUUGUGUCUGUUGAGUUUCAGCCUCUGGGAAAUGUUAGGGGUGUGUGUGUUUUCUUCUAAAAAGCAGGUCAUUAAAAUACAUUUUUAUUAAAUUCCUGAAUUUCUCCUUCCGCUGACUUUUUGGUCUCCUACAAAGUAUGUCUCUGAUUACUGUGAUAAGACCCAUGAAGUACUACUGCUCAGUGGUCACCUACACUUCAUUGAUUUGUCUUUAACAUCAAUAUUUCUGCUGCUUGUUCAGAUAGACUGUGUGAUUUAUAAUUUUUUUUUUCUUUUCCCAAGUUGUUGACCUGCUCUGACAUUUCAUUAGCUAUUGGUUGGUCCUUUUUAGGAAAUAAAGGCUUUUUCAGGCUCAUCAUAGUAUCCUCCUUACCUGCAGAAGGUCUGCACACUGCAGAAAUCUAAGUUUCCCAAAGGACAAUAGUUUUACUCUCUCAUUCAUGAGUUUUGUUUACCCUAUGGAAACUGUAUUGAUAGCUUGAUGGCUUUAUUGUAACAACCAUCAUUUCCUCAGUGACUUACAUUUUUAUGGAAACACUUUUUUUCCCCCUCAAGGUAAAAUACCUAUCAAUCUUGUAAGGGGGAAAAUUAGUUUACUGAAAAUGUAGGUCAUGAUGGAAUAAAAAAAAAAGUUUGACUUUCAUAAAAUUGUUUGUUUCAAUGGGUAAUUGAAUAUGUUCUAAUAAGCACUCCUUGUAGUAUAACAAAAAUCCAUGGUUGCUGUGUUUUGGUUUUUUUGUUUUUUCUCUUUGUGUUUGUUUUUGGGCAAGUUACAUGUGAUGCAACAGGACAGGUACUCUGUCUGGGCCCAGAGUACAGAGCUAGAGUAUUGUACUAUUACACACACACACACACACACCCUCUGUGCUUUUGUGGAGACUCCUCACACCAAGAAAGGACUACUACCAUGAGCUCCUUGUCUGAGGAAGUAUUUUUCAAAGUGUGUGUUUUCGGGAUGUCUGUUUCAGUACAUGAUGGCAACCAGUAGCCCACACUAAUUGAAUUCAGGACAAUGCUGAAAGGGUGACAAAGUGUCACCUUCUACAGUUCACACGGUUUCCAAGAUAUCACUCGCAACAAAUGCCGACCUGGCAUGUUGAGGAAAUAUUGGAGUGAUGUAGGAUUACACUUGUAAACAAAGUUUGUAUCAUACAUAAAAGACAUAAAAUGGCACAUGGCUUGAAAAAUGACCGGAAGCAACAUCCAGUGUGAACUAAAUCGAUUCAUACAUCUGCGUCAGUUCUGUCACUGCUGUAAGUUGGGGUUUGUUUGUUUACUGACAACAGUUUGAAGAUCGUCUCUGGGAUGUUGAGUAGGGCAUUUGAUGAUAUGUGUAUGUGUGUGCGUGCUUGUGUGUAUGUGUGCGUUUUCUGGUGUCUAACUUGGGAAGGGGUGGGGACCAGAAGGGUUAUUAACAUGAAUGGCAAGCACUUUCUGCCUUGUUUGCCCACACUUGAUUUAACCAAUAUUAAGACAAUUCUACUGUUUCUUAAAUACAUCCACAUAUAUACAUUCAGCUGUGUGUAUAUGCUCAUCAUCCAAAUGAAGAACAUGCAGUGGAGAACUUCACCAGUCUUUUUGUGUAAUUUAAGCAUACAUUCUUCAGCAGGCAAGUGAAGUUGGACAUUUUAUUUUUCACUAUGACAUCUUCUAAGCAUGAACACACCCAUGGUUGCCGCUUGCCUUGCCUGUUACUGGUUUAUACAUUGAUAGCUGUACAUUUAACACUGGCUCAAAGAGUCCUUCAUCCCUCCUGAACUCUUCAUGUUGAUGUGCACAUUAUUUUAUGUACCCAUGUUAAAAGAAAAGUGGUGUAUUCCAUAAAAAAAUACUCAAAGAUUGUACUAUGUUUCCAGCAUUACCAAGGUACCUGGAGUGGUUCAAAAUGAGGUUUUUUUUCUCGCAUUUAUGGUUUUAUUAAUGGAACCGUAAUAUACACACAUGUAUGUAUAUUGGUAUGUAUCUAAGUUUUGUCUACCCCAACUUACAUUCCCACAAACAAAUGUUGCCAUUUUUAGUUCAAGGGAGCAAUGUACAAGCAGAGAAGUGUCUUAUUAUAAUAAAGUUAUACAGAGAAGGCAAAGUUAAAUAAACUACUUUUGAUUUAAUGGAAAA